UACAAACACUUCAGCUGCUGACUGCGAUUUGGUGUCUCCGUUUAUGUACGCCUAAACGUCGUAGCAGGAAUCAGGAUUAAUGAGAGUAAAGACUGUAGAUCAUCAUGGAUGAAAGAAGAUCCGAUGUCAACUUGGAGAAUGAGUUUGCCAACAGCACCAGCCUACAUGGUAUCGCUCGAGUUGCUAACAAUACCAGAGUACGCGUCAAGCUGGUUUGGGUGUCCAUCAUGAUGACAUGUUUCUGUGUAUGUGUGUACCAAGUUCACGACAGGUUCUCAUUUUACCUCAUGUAUACGGCCAAUACUGCCAUAUCGGUGGAGUAUGCAAGAAAUCUGGACUUCCCGGCAGUCACCAUUUGUAACUUCAACAGGUAUCGCCAAAGUCAAGUUACAACGGAGGAAUACAAAUAUUUAAAGUACAUCUUGACCAACACUGACUUCUCGACAGAGCAGACUGUGGACAUACCGGAUGAAAACGACAGCAGGAAAUUCAACUUUACUGAAUUCACGUUGAGGGCGGGCUUCCUUAUUGCCCCAGCACUCAUUGAAUGCAAAUGGCGAGGGAAGCCAUGCUAUGCAGAGAAUUUCACGCACGUGUUUACACCAUUCGGCAGCUGCUGGACGUUCAACUCUGGCAAAAAUGCACCUAUCCUUCAAGCUCACCAAGCAGGGGAGGGCAAUGGACUCGAAAUAUUUAUUGACAUAGAACAGUCGGAAUAUACCGAAACAAUCACGAAUAACUUCCAAGCUGGUCUGAAAGUUGUCAUACACGACCAGCACACGCCUCCAUUGGUUGAAUCAAGUCUAGCAAUCUCACCUGGUGUCCACGCCUUCGUGGGUAUCCGACGACAACAGUAUUUGAAUCUGGAGAAACCGCACGGAAAAUGUGAUGCAUCAGCCAAGCUCGACAGGUUUGAGAAAUACUCACUGGAAGCCUGCACUAUCGAUUGUUUAACAGAAGUAAUCGUACAAACGUGUCACUGUAGGCCUGUCGGAUAUCCUGGAAAUGAGACGGAAUGUUCGCCUUUUCAGGAAAGGAACUGUUCAAUCCAAGUUGCUGAUCAAUUUCACAGCGGUGAAAUUGGAGACUGUGAAUGCACAGUGCCUUGCAAUCACACAGCCUUCUCUACUGGCCUCUCAACAGCAGUAAUACCCAGUCUGAGAUCCGUGAGAGUAUUGACUGAAGUGCUCUUCUCCGGUAACCGGAGUAAGCAAAACUCUCCUGGUUUCAACGACACGAUCGCUGAAUUGGUGGACGAUUUAAGUCCUGGCUUGGAGAAAGAUAUUAAGGAUAACUUGGUGAUUCUGAGCCUGUAUUACGAGGAACUGAAUUUCCAGUUAUAUGAACAAACCAAAGCAUAUACACUGUCAGCUUUAGUCAGCGAUAUUGGCGGUCAACUUGGACUUUUUCUCGGAGCAAGUUUCAUCACAUUGGCUGAGAUACUUGUGUACAUUACACACAAAGUGAAAAGGUGUUUUGCUUCGAAACGUAAAUCUGAAAACGAAGAAACUGUCGAGUCUGAAAAAAGUAACAUUGAUAGCGUUACUCAUACCAGUGUGCUUUGAAAGAUUGAGGUUUAGCCAAAGCAUAAAUAAACUAUGAAAAAGAUUUCCUAUCAAUUUUUGUUUUUGUAAGUGAAUGUUAAAUUUUCUAUAAAAAUAUUGACUUUAGAGCCAUUAUACACUUUUGGUAAACAUUAUUGUCCAAGUCCCACACUUCGUG